CAUUGCCCGCAGUGCGGGGGUACGACUUUGCGCGAGGGCUGACUGGCAAGCGGGCGCGUGGGAGCCAGAGCCCUUGCUGUGUGUGGCUCCUCGCAGAGCCCGUGCUGCCCUGGGCCGGACCGUCCGCAGGGGCGUGAACCACCGUGCUGCGACCGCUCGGGGUUCACCACCACUUUGGUGCUGUCCCAGCAGUCGCUCCUCUGGGCGCCGUACGGGCCAUUGAUACUGCUAAGUGCAGCCUGCCGGCCGGGCGUCUCACUGAGCAGCCCUUCGGAGAGAAAUGGACUCAGAAAUCAAGGAAGAAGUUCCUGUGCAUGAAGAAUUUAUUUUAUGCUGUGGAGUUGAAACCCAGGUCCUAAAAUGUGGGCCCUGGACUAACCUCUUCAAUGAGCCAAGAGCCAACAAGCCUAAGCUGCUUAUUUUUAUUAUUACAGGUAAUCCAGGUUUUUCUGCCUUUUAUGUGCCAUUUGCAAAGGCUUUGUACUCCUCAAUAAACGGACGCUUUCCGGUUUGGGUUAUCAGUCAUGCUGGGCAUGCUUUCGUCCCCAAAGGCAAGAAGAUUCUUACAACUUCAGACGAUUCAAAUGCUCAAAAAAUCAACGACAUCUACGGACUGCAAGGUCAAGUGGAACACAAGCUAGCUUUCUUGAGAACUCAUGUGCCAAAGGAAACAAAACUUGUGGUCAUUGGCCAUUCCAUAGGCUGCCAUAUUAACCUUGAGAUUCUGAAGCUUGCUCCUGAACUCCCAAUAAUUCGCUCCUUUCUGCUCUUUCCAACAAUCGAGCGAAUGUCGGAGUCCCCGAACGGCAGGAUCGCCACUCCGCUUCUGUGCUGGCUUCGAUAUGCUCUCUACGUUUUUGCUUACCUUUUGCUUAAACCGUGGCCUGAGAAAAUCAAGUCCUUUAUGAUCAGAAUUGGCCUUCGAAUGAUGAACCUACAGAAUGAAUUUUCGGUCCUGAAUGUAUUAGAACCGUUUUGCCUUGCUAAUGCUGCCUACCUUGGGGGCCAAGAAAUGAUGCAGGUGGUGAAGAGAGACAACGAAACCAUAAGGACAUACUUACCUAAGCUUACAUUUUACUAUGGAACUAUAGAUGCUUGGUGUCCAGUGGCAUACUAUGAAGACAUAAAGAAAGAGUUUCCUGAAGGAGAUAUCCGGCUCUGUGAGAAAAACAUCCCUCAUGCCUUUAUCCUCCGUUUUCCGCAGGAAAUGGCUGACAUGGUAGCUGGCUGGCUAAAGGACGAUCUGUCCAAAAUCUAAGUCCUGACCUGCAGAAACAUGACUGGGAACUAGUCCGUAGCAGCAGUGGCUGUGCCUUCUCUUAGUAACACCCUUAGUAGAUAAGUGUUCAUUGUUAAUGUUUGAUAUUAGACA